AUGGUGCUUCUGCGCCGCGUUGUGUGGGUGCUGGCCGCUGCUCUGUGCUGCACGGACCUGUGCGUGACGGCUGCUUCUGAGAACGCUGUGCUUCCCGCUGCUGGUACUCAGGAGGCAGCGAGGGCAAAUGUGGCUACCUGCAGAGACGCUGUGUCAAAUGCCCAGGCUGUGCUGCGAGGUGCUCAAGAGACUUCUGCCAAAGCUGACGAAGCAAAGAGGGAGCUCAAUGACUUUACGGCGAAGGCAGAGAAAGCAAAGGUGCCUGCCGCAGAGGCUAAGAGCAUGGCAAACGAGGCAGUGGUGAGUAUUACCAACGGAUUGAAGGUGCUGAAGAAGAUUGUUGGAGAAAAGGGGACUGCGGUAACGGGUCCAGUGAAAUUGGAAGCGAGUGAUCUCCCGGUUGCUAGGGAUGCGCAAACUGCGCUGGGAAAGGCGAACGAUGCUGCAGUAAAGGCCUCAGAAGCGAUGAAGUUACUCGAGAAGGCCACGGAGCAUGCAAAGAAUGUACAGGAUUGGGCAGAGAAGCUGGGAGAAGGGAUGAAAGACGAAGUGUGGAAGAACGCAGUGAAGAGCGUCGAAGAUGUCUUUCAGAGUGAGAAGGAGGUAAAGACACAAACUGAUAAAGAGGCGCUGAAACUCGCUGUGAAAACAGUGAACAAGAAUAAGAAAGGAAACGCUGCUGCAAAUCUUUUUUUCAGUGCGCGAAUGGUGGCAGAGCGGAUUGGGCUGGCACUGACGAAUAUCACGAAGACAGCAGCUGAUGCGAAGCUCGCAGCAGCAAGUGCCAAGGACGCCGCAGAUAAUGCCAAGCAGGCAGAAGUGGAGUUAAACAAAAAUAAGUCCGAAGAUGGAAAAGUAACUGUAACCGAGGCGGCAAAGGGCCCUGCUACGAAGGCAAAUACAGCUGCCAUAGAUGCAAAGACGAACGCUGAGUCGGCAGCAAAGAAUGCCACCAAUACCGCGCAGAGCAUAAUUUCUGCACUGGAGGUAGCGGAGGUGGUGAAAGAACUUACGGACGCGGCAUGGAGCUCCGCUAACAGUGCCAAGGAUGCGGCUAAGACGGAGCAGGACAAGGCGGACGCUGCGCUGGUCGAGGCCGAAGAAGAGUUGCAGAAAUUCACCACAGUGGAGAAGCCAGAGUCACAGCUACCCGAAGAGGAGGAACCGCCCACUGACCACAAAUCCAGCGAGGCAGAAGCCACUGGACCCCUGCCAACGGACCAACCACCGAAGUCGGAGGACAAAGUCAGUGGGACUGCAGGCGGAUCUAACAUUGGGGUGAAAGACGGCAGCGACAUCCCCGCGUGGGUGCGUGCCCCACUGCUGCUGCUGCUGGCCUGUGUGGCCGUGUGGUGA